AUGAGUGAAUGCUUUCAUAAGAGCCAGGAGUCAGUGAGGGAAUGCGUCGAUAAGAGCAAUGAGUCAAUGACUGAAAGCGUUGAUGAGAGCAAUGAGUCAAUGAGUAAAAGCGUUGAUGAGAGCCAUGAGUCAAUGAGUGAAAGCACUGAUGAGAGCCAAGAGUCAAUGAGUGAAAGCGUUGACGAGAGCAAUGAGUCAAUGACUGAAAGCGUUGAUGAGAGCAAUGAGUCAAUGAGUAAAAGCGUUGAUGAGAGCCAUGAGUCAAUGAGUGAAAGCACUGAUGAGAGCCAAGAGUCAAUGAGUGAAAGCGUUGAUGAGAGCCAUGAGUCAAUGAGUGAAAGCACUGAUGAGAGCCAAAAGUCAAUGAGUGAAAGCAUUUAUGAGAGCAAUGAGUCAAUGAGUGAAAGCAUUGAUGAGAGCCAUGAGUCAAUGAGUGAAAGCAUUGAUGAGAGCCAUGAGUCAAUGAGUGAAAACGUUGAUGAGAGCCAUGAGUCAAUGAGUGAAAACGUUGAUGAGAGCCAUGAGUCAAUGAGUGAAAGCAUUGAUGAGAGCCAGGAGUCAAAGAGUGAAUGCUUUGAUGAGAGCCAGGAGUCAAUGAAUGAGUGA